AUGAAGCGGCAGCGGCCGCCCUCAUUGCCGCGACUGCUGCUCAACGCACUCAGCUGGUUGUAUGCCUUUCAAGCGCUUUGGCAGUAUAGUAGCGCUAUACAUUUAACAGGGACUUUCCAUACUGGUGAGUUUUUCAAAGUUAUAACCAAAUUUGGUUUCCAAAAGGCCGAAGCACCUACUCCACACGGCGGCUCCUACGGCUACAUAUACGGCAACAUCACAGCAACCGACACAUUUGCGCAUCCCAUCUCAUUAGUGGUGCUGGACAAGGCAGCCUUUGUGGAUUUCUAUAGCAAUCGCAUAUUUGAUGAUCGUGAAAAGGCCUGUCGACACAUGUUUGAACAUUUGAAAGGUCUGAUAUAUGACGGCGUAUGCAACAAGCAAGGUAAACGCGAUUAUGUGCGACGUGUACCAUGUAAUAGAGGCGAGCUGUGUGCAGACGAGGAUACGCCCAGCAAUGUGAUAGCAGAAAAACAGUUCACCUACACCAUUAGCGAAGUGACGGAGCCAAGAUUCUGGUAUGUUGCGCUCACUGCCUGCUAUCGCAAUAGCACUAACUGCGAAUGGCAUGCCUAUGAUCAUCCCAAAAGUGAGAGUGCGGCAGCCAAAGUGGUUAACGAAUUCCUUGCAUCACACAACGACAUGCUCCCACCUCAUCCCUCGCCCGCUCUGACCUACGAUAUAUACGUUGUCAAUGGACAUCCUAACAAUUCUGCUGCGCAUCCACUUUCUUUCCAAUUCUCAUUCGAUCAGCAAAAUUUGCUGGAAAUGUAUAUGAUUUUCUUACUAGUCUAUCUGGUGCUGCUACCGAUGCAAAUAUAUGCGGUGCGUUUGCAAAAACAUCCAGUUACACGUCUCUUCACGCUUAGCCUGGCGAGCGAGUUUGUCAGUUUGGUUUUCAUUACAGCGCAUUUGAUAAAGUUCGCCAUGAACGGCGUAGGGAUGCCAAACAUGCAGACCGCAGGCGAUAUUUUGGAUAUAUUUAGUAGAACCACUUUCAUGUUAAUCCUACUGUUGCUGGCUAAAGGCUGGGCCGUUACACGUCAGCAAAUUAAUCGCACUGGUUGGAUAAUCUUGAUGAGUAUUUGGGUUCCCUAUUGUGCGUUUCAAAUGUUCCUCUAUGUUUGGGAUAAGACGGAGGUGGAUAUUAUAUCAGACAUUGAUGAGUACCAAACCUGGCCAGGUUGGAUUGUAUUAAUACUACGCACAUCAUUUAUGACUUGGUUCCUCUACGAACUACGCAACACCAUGAAAUAUGAGCAUUCCACCAAAAAGCUCGAUUUCCUAUUGCACCUAGGCGCCUCUAGUUUAGUGUGGUUCAUCUACUUGCCCAUUGUGGCCAUUGUGGCUCUUCAAGUGAGUCCCAUGUGGCGCUACAAGCUACUGCUAGGCAUCACCAAUUCAGCUGACUGCCUGGCAUAUUGUGUAAUGACUGGCCUGUUGUGGCCAAACCGUGCGGGACAGUAUUUGCUGCUAGCCGGCAAUAAGUAUACAGGCAUGGACGAGUUGGAUGAAUUUAACGAAGCGCCUCAUAUUGUGCGCGAACGCGAACGUCGUCGAAAUUCUCCUGAUGGCUUGGUCAUUGUCAAUGGCGAUUUAGCUGCGCAUGUGAAUACAAAUGGCGGUAGUGGCGUUGUAACAGCAGCGGGAGGUGCUAACAAUUUGAUGCUAACUUCAAAUGUUGUCAACGGUGACGCAUGCGCCGAACUGCUAGACGCAGAAGAUCUUGAUGCGGUACUAUUAACCGAUUUGAAUAAGAAUAGUCAUGUUGUGGCAUAAGUGUAGAGUAUAGCAAACCGUUGUAUGUGUAGUAUUCCGAUAAAGAAUGAAACCACUUUACUGGAAAACGCUUAAAUGUAGUUUUGCUGCAUUUGAUUUUAUGAGUGCAACAUAUUUUUAAGCGCUGACUGUAGUAAACAAUGGCACAUCGAUACGUAUAAGAGGAAUGCAGUAAUGAGAGGAGAGAAGAAAAAGUAAGUGAAAUUUGCGAGCUUGUCUGACAAAAGAAUGAUAAUGAAAUUAGUUGUGCAUCGUAUGUGAUGAUUUUAUGAUUUUAUACAUGUAAACACUAUUUUCUUGUAAUACUAAAAUGUGUUUAGUUUUAGCUUUAGUUUUGUAUGAUACUUUAUCUUGAUUAUGCAAUACAUUUACAUUACACUAGUUUAUACUUUAGUUGUAUAGUAUUUAGAUAACUAUAUAAUCAACAUAUUACGAUUGUUUGAGGUAGUCAAGUACAUUUAUAUGUACAAAUAUGUUUAAAGACUAAAGAGGAGACGUUUUAUAAAUUUAAAAAUACUGUCAUUAAUGGUUAAAAGAUAAAACCAAUAGCUAUAAGGUACACAUUUCAUAUUGUAUGCGAUUAUAAUAUAAUUAUAAUACUUUACAUUACCUACUUAGCAUGUUAAGCACUGUUUGAAUGGGUAAUAUACCAACAUACAUACACAAUUGGGUAUUUAUGCCGUAGUGGUCAUCCAGGAAAAGUAAAUAUUCACAAAAAAUCACGCUGCAAAUACACAACGAUGUUUGCAGCCUUGUGCUAAAUAGACUUUGUAAAAUGAACUUAUGAUUAUUACUGAAACAAAUUAAAUUUGCAAAUAACGAAGUAACGAAAAUUAAUUAAACCAACAAAGUGAUAAUCGCAUAUACCUUAAGAAGUGUCAAAUUAUAUUUGUAAAUUGCACAAUUUUUUGCAUAUGUAUUGUACAUUUAGUGCGUGAAGCAAAUCCAACCCGCCCCCUCAUCUUCGGAGAGCAAACGAAAAAGAAGGAAAGCAAAUAUAAGUUGUUAGGGAAAUAGAGGGUCUGAAGAAAUAUUCGCUAAAACUAGGAAUGAUAGUAGAGAGUUCAGUAAUGCAUAAGAAACCUAUGAAUAAAACGAGAUUGAAGCAAAAACCAGAAACUAUUGGAAAUUUUAAGUAUCAAUAAAGCUACAAUAAAGUUGAAAAAAUUAAAAACAAAAACUUGAAAUUAAAAAGAGACCCGAAAAAUGAAAACGCUUAAAGUAAUUAAUGCAUAAAAAUAUAUUUAAUGUUUAGUAGACGACAUACAUACAUUUUUCUGAGAAGCCACUUGUUUACUUCGGGUCUGUUUUUAGCAUCAAUGCUAAUUUUUAGCAAACUUUUUUCGAAAACCAAGUACUGUUUCUAAAACACAUGGUACUCAAAUUAAAAGUGCAGAGUAUGAAAACAUUUUACAUAAAUACAUAUGUAUGCAUGUAGCAAUUAUGUAGUUACUUCUGAGCAAUGAUAUAUGGAAAAGUGUUGUGAAAUAUGGCAAAUCCAAAUAAAAACCCUAGCCCUAACCCAAACCGAUUUAUGUAAGCAUAUUUGUAAUGACGUUUUAAAAAUGUUUUUAGUGCAGAUGAAAAACAAGAGUUUUAAGAUGUAUGGAGAUGACAAAAAAAAAUAAAAAAUAUUUAAAAAAAAGCUGAACUAUUAAGAAAAACUAACUAUCAUGAAAAAGCAGACAAAACAAGGAAGAAAAAAAUAUUAAACAAAAUAUUAGCCACUAAGACGAGAUGCAACAGUUCACAAACGAAAUUUUGAAAUGUUAUCAGUUUUUAUUGCUUGCAGCAUUGCAAAAAAAAAAUUGCAGUUGAAACAAAAAUUUGCAAUUAAUUUUUGAGCUUAAUUAGAAGCUAUGUUAAACAUAAAUACAUACAUAUUGUAAUUAAGAUUUUCAUUUAGACUUAUAUUCACAUUUUUUAAAGCAUUCUGAAGUCACAAAAUUUUAGUUAUAAUAUUAUUUUCUUGCUUUAGUUGGCCGUUGCAUACGUGUGCAUGCGAGAGAAAAAAUAAAUAAAAAGUAAAAUUA